GUGAGGGAGGUGUGUAACAAUUUCCUGUAGUUGCAUUGCUGAGCUGAACCUUCCUCUCUGAGUCUGUUUCUGUCAGAGUGAAGAGCACAGGCGAAGCAGAGCGGAACAGGAUGCAGGCUAUCAAAUGUGUGGUCGUGGGAGAUGGAGCUGUGGGAAAAACAUGUCUUCUCAUCAGCUACACAACCAAUGCCUUCCCCGGGGAGUACAUUCCUACUGUAUUUGACAACUACUCAGCUAAUGUGAUGGUGGACAGCAAGCCAGUCAACCUGGGCCUCUGGGAUACAGCUGGACAGGAAGACUACGACAGGCUCCGCCCACUGUCCUACCCACAGACGGAUGUUUUCCUGAUCUGUUUCUCCCUGGUGAGCCCAGCGUCCUAUGAGAACGUCAGAGCUAAGUGGUACCCUGAGGUUCGUCACCACUGCCCCUCCACACCCAUCAUCCUGGUGGGCACCAAGCUGGAUCUGAGGGACGAGAAAGAAACCAUCGAGAAGCUCAAGGAAAAGAAGCUGGCGCCGAUCACCUACCCCCAGGGCCUGGCUCUGGCUAAGGAGAUUGACGCAGUGAAGUACCUGGAGUGCUCGGCCUUGACCCAGCGUGGUCUGAAGACCGUGUUUGACGAGGCCAUCCGGGCCGUGCUCUGCCCUCAGCCCACCAAGGUCAAGAAGAAGCCGUGCUCACUGCUGUAAAUGAUCCGUGUGGGCUUCAUCGUUUCAGAUUCUCUGCAGGACGAGGACGACGAGAGAGAGCGAUUCCGACUGAUGCCCCCGGGUUAAAAGAAGACGAUUCGAAAGUUCUGUUAUGUUCAAAUGUUUGUGAUGGAAAACUGCAACUGAGAUUUCUACUAGUUUCAAAAAAAAAAUAAUAAUAAUGCUUGUGCAGUUAUUAUAAAAAUGGUAGCAAACUUUUUUUUUUUUUUUCCUGUACAGCAUACUCUGAGACUGAUUAUUCAUGUGCAUUAUAGACCAGGCAUACAUUUCUCUGGAAAAUUAAACAACGUAUAUCACUAAAUGUGGAUGUGACAGACUCCCCCCCAGCUGACACACUAUAGAUUCAUCCUGUUAGCUUAAAUUGUCAGAUCAAGAGCAGCAAAGUUCCAGAUUUCCUGCACACCAGACUCUGUCCUUUUUUGGGGGCUAACAGAUAAUAUUUGUUACCGAGCACAAACAUAGUGUUGCACCAUAUUGUUUUCUUUUGAGAGUUAUAAAACAUGCAGAUAAGGAAUGUUGUAGGAGCAGGGAGCUUAACAAUGUUGUGUUUGAAUAAAAGUUUAUUAACAAAUGUAUUAUUUGUUGUGAUAUUAAAAUAAAAGACAUUUGAUGGAG